AUCAGAGCCCCCAAAAUAAGUAGGAAUGGGCAGUGACGGCUCGCAUUCAACACACCUUUUCCAUCUGCUAAGAAGGCCCUGCCAGGCUGGGAGGGAGUCGUGCCUGCUCGCCUCUGGAGGCAGAAGCAGCUAGGACGGUCCGCAGGCGGCAUGGCACUGCUUCAAGGGACGGUGCUUGUUCUACUUCUGUCCAGUCUUGGCGGCGGGCAAGACAACACAGAUGUUAUAAAUAUAGCUACCCCUAGAGUGUCAUCAUCAAAUUCUACAACACAAACAUCUGUAUCAACACCAAACACAACACUAGCACCUAAUCUUGAAAAAUCAACACGUGGAACAUCUCCUCAAGGAACAACCAACAGCGAAUCAGCAAAAACAACUCUGAUGUCAACAGCUCCUUCAUUAACAACAGUUAAAAGUGAAGGAACCACAAGCAAUGGUGUCCCAAAGAAUGAGUCUGUCACUGCAAAUGACACAGUGACAAAUCUUCCACCUAUCAGCGCUGUUUCAACAUUAAAAAGUUCCCAACACAAGACUGAGAAUCAGAGUUCAAGCAAGACAACAGAAAUAAUAGUUUCCACAGUUAACACUUCACAACCAGAUGGACCAUUUUCUGAAACCAAUACGUUGCCUUCAGCAGCAGUAACAACUCCAGCAAUCAUCUUACAGUCUCAAGGUACCGAGGAUGGAAAAAAUAUGAGCUCUUCAUCAACUAACCCCUCCUAUUCAAGUGUUAUUUUGCCGGUGGUUAUUGCUCUGAUUGUAGUAACACUCUCAGUAUUUGUUCUGGUGGGUUUGUACCGGAUGUGCUGGAAGACAGACCCAGGCACACCGGAAAAUGGAAAUGAUCAACCUCAGUCCGAUAAAGAGAGUGUGAAGCUUCUAACAGUUAAGACAAUUUCUCAUGAGUCUGGUGAGCAUUCUGCACAAGGAAAAGCCAAGAACUGACAGCCUGAUGAAUCCUUCCUCCACCUGGGCAGUAAAUAUGCUUAAUCUUCAGCUUCUGUGCUCUGGGGUGAAAAGCUAGAAAAUCGUGAGGAAUCAGCCCUGAUCUCCAAUCCUGCUCGCCAGUCUGCAUCACUGGCCUGUCCCAAUAAAAGGAUGUCUAGAUGGCAUGCAAUAAUUUGAUAGGGUCAAAAAGAAUCCUGGGCCUCUUCUGCCUACAAGUGCAACAAAAGCGUGUUACUUCAUUUUCUAGAAACAUUCCGAAGGGAGUGAGUUUUAGGAGGGAUGUUUGUGAGCCAUGAACCUAACAGCCCAGGCAGGUGUUCUCCCUGAGGGCACACCCCUUCCUGGAGUUGAAGGUUUCCAGGGCUGACAGUUCAUACCCAUGGAGACUUUCUGACUUUCUUGGUGUUCUUGCAUUACCUAACAUUUGUAUUUAUUAUUUUCCACUAUGUUAAUGCAGGGAUAAUUUGCAGUUGUAUUAUUAAAUAUUAGGUAGAAGUCAUGCAGUGUUACUUUGUACAUACCGUUAUUUUAUUCAUAUUUUCAUAUGUUACUUUCAAUAAAUACUUGCUGUAUUUGACAUACUAAAAUAUCAUAAUGUGACUGUGAAAAUGCAUGGUAUUGUCUUCCUACAAUUAUGAAUCAUUUGGGAUUAUAAUUAGAAUAUGAGUACUAACUAAUGACGGGCAUCUGUAAAAGGUGAGAAAGGAACUAAGGAUUUAUCUAUUGGACUCUGUUAGGAGGACAGCAAAUUACUUGGUCAUUCUAUUUGUAAUUCAAACUGUGUAACAAGGAUGCAAGGGCAUUUGUGACACUCUGUACUGCAUUUAUUAAGAAGAUAACAGGAGCAAAAUCUUUCAUUAAUUCAUUUGAUUUCUACUAUCUCUGUGCAUUUUUUAUUUCUUUUAGAAAUGUAAUGAUUUGUUCUAGCCAUCAGUACUGAAUAUCCAAUUUGUAGAAAAGUGACACUUCAUAAAUACAAAAUUAUGAUUUUUUUCAGUCUAUCACUUUCCUAAAUAUACCAUGUGAUUGCAAAUGUUGCUUUAUCAGGGGCAAACUCAUCUUUAUUUUUUUUUAACUUUUAUUUAAUGAAUAUAAAUUUCCAAAGUACAGCUUAUGGAUUACAAUGGCUUCCCCCCCAUAUCGUCUCUCCCACCCGCAUCCCUCCCCUUUCCCACUCCCUCUCCCCUUCCAUUCACAUGAGGAUUCAUUUUCGAUUGCAAACUCAUCUUUAAAAGCUGACUAUUCAACCUUGACCACUUCCUAGACACGAGGAAUCAACACCUCAAGUUGGCUGAGGUUUUGCGGAAAGCUUAAGAACCAACUGAGUGCCAGUGACAGCUUUUAACUUUUAUGAUUAUGUAAGCUGAGUUCAACACUAUUUUAUCUUAGUAAUCUUAGAGCAGAACAGUAGAGAUGGAAUAGUGUAUUUAAAACUGCCUCUUAAAUGGUCUUUUGUUGCAGUAUAUUUGAAAACUAUCAGCUUCAGGAGUUAUAUAAUCAUCUUGAUUUUAGCUUCCUGAGGUUUAGACUACUUCUAAUCAAGGACACCAAGCAAGAAGAUCUGCGUUUCUGACAGGUGUCUCUUUGUGUUUUGUCAAGAAGAAUGGGGAAUAGAAAAAAAAAAAAGGAAAAUAAGACAUAAGAUAAAAGGACAAGUGUCUCUACUCCAUGCACUUUCUCUUUAGGGCUGCUUUGUCCAGGCAUAAUUCUGACUUUUUAGAAAUCCUUGAAGGGGUGAGACAGUGGCAGGAACAUGCUGAAUAGUGAGCACUGGUCUUCAGGGGACAAUAGCCCAGCACCCCUAGAAUUCUCAACUGAGCUUCUUAGCAAGUCUAGUUACACAGAAUGUAUGGCAAAGAAACAACUUCUUCUAAACAUUAAAUGUUUGCAAUUGAUAUUAUUGUGGGUUCCAGAAAAAAAAAAAAAAAAAACAUUUUCUCUACCUGUUAUGAGCAUUGUUAGAAAAGAGUUUACAAGAAUCAGGAAAAAAAGAAAGCUUUUUAAUGGUCAUAAAGAAUUCAUCCCAGUUCAAGAAUUCUACAAAAAGAACAUGUCUUACACCAACAACCAAAGCAUUAAAUCUUUACAAAGGUCUAAGUGUUAAGAGUAAUGUGGAAUUUAUGGAGAUUUUCAUGGUAUUUUGUAGCAUCAAUCUCAAAGGUAAUGUCUGAAUGUUUAUAUACCAGCUUAAACUUCUGUUGAGACAGGAUAUCUGGUUGUCAAGCCAAAACUAUCAUUAAUCAGAUGUUCUUUAAGAUUUAGAUGAUUUACUUUGUAUGUCUGACUUAUUAUAAGCUUUUUUAUUCUGAUAUAUACUUUAAAUGUCAGUGUGACAAAGGAAACCUGAAUUUAGAUUAAAGAGAAGGAUUUCUAUGUGGUUUUUCUUUGUGAUAAUAUGAAUAUAACUUAAGCCUAUCAACAAUCCAAAUAUAAACAAGACCUAAUUAACUGGCACUAUUAUCAUCUGGGAAUACAUGAUGAUGUUAGCUGACAUAUUGGCUGUCAUCAGCCUGCAGAGAAAGAUUCUUAAAUUUCCCUUUCUGAGCUGGAAUAUUUCAGUCAUUACAAAGGCUGAGUUUUGUUUCUUGUCUACCUAUAUUUAAGGCAGACAAGAAAUACUAUAUUGAAGUUCAUGAAGAUCCAUUUAGGACAUUGCUGGACCCCCAACAAUGAACAUACUAGUUUUGCCUUGAUUCUUCUCUGCUGGGCAACUUUUGUAGUUAUUCAAGAUUGUAUGGGGUUCUAAAAAGAAAACUAGGGAUGUCCUUUAACAGUUGUACUUUGAGUGAUUAUUUCAAGACUGAAACUGUCAGUAGCGUCAAAGGCCUUAAUAGUAUAUUCAUUGUUGUGAUGAAUUAAAUCCGUAACAGAUAACUUGAGAGUUUGUGAUGGAUUAUCCACAAAUCUUCAUCUUACAGCUUCCCUACAAACACAAACAGAUCUUCUCAUGUUUCCUUAAGGGAGUAUAGAUUGUCCUUGUAUCCAGCAGGUUUGUCCUAAGGGCUUAACAUGAGCUGUUUCUGGUCUGGGUACUUAGUAAAAGGAAAACUAUUUUGAUAAACAAUGGGAAAAUAUGCAUCUUUCCAUCAAACAUUACAUUCCUGAACUUGAAAUAAGAAUUUCUGCCGAAGUCAAGGUCACCAAUAAUAAUUUGGAGGUUGCCAAGGACUUAUCUUAAAAUGCUUCCAAGUCUGACCUUCAAUUGUGACACUUAGAAAUAAAUAAAAAUAUGUAAAUGUUUAAAAUUCUAUCUUUUUAAAAAAAGUUAACAUCUAUCUGACUCUCCCUAUGUGUCAAAUCUGUGCUAAAAACGUCAGUCUUCAUCUCAAUUAAUCAUCCCAAUGAUAAGAAGACACAACUCCUAAUGUUACAUUGUCAGUAGUAGCAGCAGCAGUGGUGGCAGCAGUAAUACCUUGAUUUAAAGAUGCAGAGAUGAAUGCAGAAAGUUAGGUAACUUUCCCAAGGUUGUCUAAAAACUAAAUGGAAAAAAUUGAAUUCAAACCUACCCCCAAACCCCUGUUCUUCAUCACUACACCUAAUGGUCUCUCUAGGUCUGUUUGCUUAAUCAAUAAAGAGAGGUGAAAGUAUUACGCUCCUGGUCACAACUAAAAGUGGUCAAGCUUAUCACUUCAUUAAACAACAACAACAGCAACAACAACAAAAACCUUAACAAUAUUUCAGACAAUGGACAAUAUACAGAGCUGGACUGGGACUCAUGAGCCAGGAGAAACAGAAAUCAUCAGCUUGGGGACAUCCUGACUUUGCCCGUUCCAGGGCAGCUGCAGUGAGGACAAUUCCCUGACUAGAACCUGACAAUCAUGCAAAACUGAGGACACAGAUUGGAGCCAGGAGACUAAGACGGCUGAAAUUUCUGGAGCAUACAACCAGAUAGAGAGACCUACACAGAAAAUGCCUCAAAUAGGUGAGUGUAUCUAUUGAUAAUUGGAUAGGCAUCUGUGAGCCCAGUAUGCAGGAAACUCCAUGAGGUCAGGUAAAGAAUAACCGAGAAGGCAUGACUGGGGAGCUGCGGGCUGUAAAUUCCCAUUUCGCACCCAGAAUAGAGAAACAGUCAGGCAUUGGUCAACCUUUUUUGGAAAUUCUCAUUGAUCAUCUUCAUGAAUGACCCAGAAUGCUCACACCUCAUUAGAAGAACUAAGUAAAGUAAGAACAGUAAAGAUAACUUUCAAUAAGUCUUGAUAGAGUUCAGAAACAAGUCUCGAAAGAAUUAAGGUGAGCCACAAAAUAUAUAACAGAUUUCCAUAGCAAAGUGUGACAAUCUUUCAUAAAGACAACAAAAUACAAUGUAACAACUCAACAAUAUAAAAUUCCAAAAUCCACACAUGCCCCUAAAGAAAUAGACUGUAAACCACAACUGUGAGAAAAAUAUUGGUAGAUGAAAAUAGAAAUAAUGACAGCAACAACAAAAACGGAUACUGCACAGCUCAUUUCAUGAUGUUGUGAUUACCCUGCAAACAGAACCAGUUAAAGACUUUACAGAAAAGGCCGGCGCCGCGGCUCACUAGGCUAAUCCUCCGCCUAGCGGCGCCGGCACACCGGGUUCUAGUCCCGGUCGGGGCGCCGGAUUCUGUCCCGGUUGCCCCUCUUCCAGGCCAGCCCUCUGCUGUGGCCAGGGAGUGCAGUGGAGGAUGGCCCAAGUGCUUGGGCCCUGCACCCCAUGGGAGACCAGGAUAAGUACCUGGCUCCUGCCUUCGGAUCAGUGCGAUGCGCCGGCCACAUCGCGCUGGCCGCGGCGGCCAUUGGAGGGUGAACCAACGGCAAAGGAAGACCUUUCUCUCUGUCUCUCUCUCUCUCACUGUCCACUCUGCCUGUCAAAAAAUAAAAAAAAUAAAAUAAAAAAAAGACUUUACAGAAAAGAAAAGGAAGAAGAAGAAAAAAAUCCUACAACCUAAUAACUCUCAUGAACACAAACAAUGAAACCAUUAACUAAAUGUUAGACAAUUGAAUUUAGCAAAUUAAAGAA